UUGAACGCACACACAACAAGGAAUCUGAACAGGCGAACUCCACGGCCCUCUGUUUCCUGCCAGAGCUGGGUCCUGUAUGGAAGCCCGUGCGAGGCUGUCCUGGAGACCCCGCGCUGCCUGCACCUCUCGUCUUGGUUGCCAUGGACGAUGAAGACGGCAGGUGCCUGCUAGAUGUAAUUUGUGACCCAGAAGCACUUAACGAUUUUCUUCAUGGAUCAGACACCCAUCUGGACACUGAUGACCUAUUGGAUGGCUCGAGCGACCCCUCCAGCUCCUUCUUCUCUGCCGUUGGGUGCCACGUUCCAGAGGUCCUGCCACCAGUCCAGCUGCCGUCCAAUGAGCAGCCUGGCUUGCCCCGGGUCAGCGUUGACCUGGACUUCCUGGAAGAUGACGUCAUCCUGGGCGGAUCGCCGGGUGACGGCAGUAGUAACGCCAUGGAGCCAUGUGACAUCCUGCAGCAGAGCCUGGCGGAGGCCAACAUUACAGAGCAGAGCCUGCAGGAGGCCGAGGCAGAGUUGGACCUGGACUCCUUCGACCUCACCAUGCCUGGCCUGACUCAGGUGGUCCAGACGCUGCCCUGUACAGACAGCCUGACUGGGCCUGGAGGGACCGCUGUGGGGGUGGGGCUCCCCAUCUUCUCUGGAGCUCCAGGCUCCCCCGGCACCCCUCCCCAGGCCACGGCUGACAUUCUGGGCUCGGUGCUGGCCCAACAGGGCCUCCAGUUUGGGCCCCAGGUCAUGAACAAGGCCCAGGCCAUCAGUAUGCAGCAGGUGGCAGGCCUGGGUAACGUCACCCUCCAGGCUCUACCUAAUGGCUGCCAGUCAGGACACCUGGGACUGGGGCGGAUACAGGUGAUGGGCCAGCCCACUGUGAUGACUAUGAACCAGUCAGGACAGCCCAUCCUGGCCAAGGCUAUGGGGGCAGGGGGGCAGGGCGGACUGGGAGGGGGACUUCUGAUCCAAGGAGGCAAAGCCACUCUGGGAUCUCCAGCUUUAAACGGCCCGGCGGUGUGUGUCGGCAGCACUAACAGUGGCAGUAGCACCAUGACUGCUGCUGGAAGCUUGGGUCAACAGGGGCAGAACCUGAUCAUCCAGCGAACCCCGACCCCCAUCCAGCCCAAACCCCCCCAGGGGGGCGCAGCCAUCCAGCCCAAACUGUUCAAGCAGCAGCAGGCCCAGGCCCACGUCCUCCAGAACGAUGCCAACAAGGCCCUUGGGGUGCAGCAGGUCCCUGUCUCCGCUGCCCAGAAUCUAGCCUUCCUGACAGGCAAGCCUGGCUCUAACAUGGUCCUGACCUCCCAGUCGGGGGUCCCCCAGCAGGCAUCCCACCACCCCUCUGGGAAAGCCCUCAGUGUCCACCUCCUCAACCAGCCCGGCAGCAUCAUGCUGGGGGGGCAGAACCACCAGUUCCUCCUGCCGCAGCAGCUAGCCGGGGGACAGAUCCUCACGCAGCACCCUGGGGGCCACAUCAUCACCUCCCAGGGGCCUGGGGGUCAGCUGAUAACCAACCAGAUCCUGGCUCAGCACCAGAACAUUAACCUGGGCCAGGUGCUGACGUCUCAGGGCCACCCUCUGCUCCAGCUGCAGCCGGGACAGAUGGGGGUGGGACAUCAGCUCUUCCAGAUUCCUGUUACCCUCUCCCAGAGCCAGAGCCACCCGGUCACGGGCCACCAGGCCCACACAGUGAUCCAGGGCAUGCCCCUGCAGAACUCCCUGGCCAUGCUGAGCCAGGUAGAAGGUUUGAGUCCUGCUGUCAGCCUGCAACCCGCUCUGCAGCCGCAGCCAGGGGGUGUUCCCAGCAGCGGGGUGGGUGGGGCGGCUGCCAUGGCGCAGGGCCAGCCUGGGGAGAGUGUGCCAGUGCUGGGGAGUUCUACAGACCAGGCAGCCCACCCUGGACAAGCCCCGCAGCCCUCCUCCAUCCUCUCUAUGCAGGCUGGGCCCUCUGUCUCCAUGUCUGUCCCCUCCUCUUCCUCUCCGUCCUUAUCUGUGUCCACCACGCUGAUCCCCCACCUAUCCCAGCAGCACAGCCCCGGGAGCAGGGUGGUCUUCACGGGCCCCCAGGGCUCCAGCAUGAUCCUCAGCCAGGAACAACUCCAGAUGUUCCUCCAGCAGGACCAGCGACAGACAGAGAAUGACCCUGUCCAUACUAUGUCAGUGGGCGUGCCAGCAUCCGUUAUCGUCAGCAGCAACAGCAGCUCUGGCCACGCCUCCUCAGGCCAUGACUGCCAAUUAGCUGAGGCAGCAGUGGUAAACCAGAUGCCCCAGGCGGCCGGCCAGCAGCAGCAACUGAAGCUCCAGAGCCUGUCCCCCUCCCAGCCCCUGGCCUCCCACACCGCCCUCUCUCUGUCGGACAGCCCCCAGCCCUCCCCCCGCCCCCAGCCCUCCCCCCAGUCCUGGCCCCCCUCCCAGCCCCUGUCCUGGCCCCCCUCCCAGCCCCAGACCCCCACCCGAUCCUGCACCCCCUCCUCUCUUCCCCCAAUGUUAAUUAUCCAGAACCAGAUCCCAGGCUCCUCCCAGCCUGCCCCACAACAACAACAACAGAUACACCUCCAGCCCCAGCCCCUACCCCGGCCCCCCUCCCAGCCUUCUCUCUACCAACCGGACGUCCCCCCUCCCUCCUGCUCCCCCAAACCCCCACAGAUCCUCCAGGCCCCUCUGGCAGGGUUCCAGUUCACUGCUAGCCAGGUGGGGGCCCCCGGGGGUGGAGUGGUGAAGACCCAGGUCCCCCUGCAGUUCCCGGUCUUAACAGCAGAGCAGCAGCACCAUCUGCAACUGGUUGGUGCUCAGCUCCAGACGCUGUCUACCAUCGCUCAGCCCUCUCCACAACAGAAACAACUGCUGGACAAACUACACCAGGUCCAACAGAACAUUCUACUACAGGCCAACCAGCAGCAGCAGCAGCAAAGCCAACCCCAACAACAUCGUCGUCAACAACAAGACUUGCUUGCUCCUCAGACGUCUGUGCUGGUCAAGACUCCUGCCACAGCAUCCAAUGACGUGUUGUCAGGAGUUCAGGUGAACCAGGGGGGCAUGGCUCCAGCUAGCCUUAACCAGUCAGUACACCAGGCGGGUCAACAGUCCCUACACCAGGCGGGUCAACAGUCCCUACACCAGGCUGGUCAACAGUCACUACACCAGGCGGGUCAACAGUCCCUACACCAGGCUGGUCAACAGUCCCUACACCAGGCGGGUCAACAGUCCCUACACCAGGCUGGUCAACAGUCCCUACACCAGGCUGGUCAACAGUCCCUACACCAGGCGGGUCAACAGUCCCUACACCAGGCUGGUCAACAGUCCCUACACCAGGCUGGUCAACAGUCCCUACACCAGGCGGGUCAACAGUCCCUACACCAGGCUGGUCAACAGUCCCUACACCAGGCUGGUCAACAGUCCCUACACCAGGCUGGUCAACAGUCCCUACACCAGGCUGGUCAACAGUCCCUACACCAGGCUGGUCAACAGUCCCUACACCAGGCUGGUCAACAGUCCCUACACCAGGCUGGUCAACAGUCCCUACACCAGGCUGGUCAACAGUCCCUACACCAGGCUGGUCAACAGUCCCUAAACCAGGCUGGUCAACAGUCCCUACACCAGGCUGGUCAACAGUCCCUAAACCAGGCUGGUCAACAGUCCCUACACCAGGCUGGUCAACAGUCACUAAACCAGGCUGGUCAACAGUCCCUAAACCAGGCUGGUCAACAGUCCCUAAACCAGGCUGGUCAACAGUCCCUACACCAGGCUGGUCAACAGUCCCUACACCAGGCUGGUCAACAGUCCCUACACCAGGCUGGUCAACAGUCCCUACACCAGGCGGGUCAACAGUCCCUACACCAGGCUGGUCAACAGUCCCUACACCAGGCUGGUCAACAGUCCCUACACCAGGCUGGUCAACAGUCCCUACACCAGGCUGGUCAACAGUCCCUAAACCAGGCUGGUCAACAGUCCCUACACCAGGCUGGUCAACAGUCCCUACACCAGGCUGGUCAACAGUCCCUACACCAGGCUGGUCAACAGUCCCUACACCAGGCUGGUCAACAGUCCCUACACCAGGCUGGUCAACAGUCCCUAAACCAGGCUGGUCAACAGUCCCUACACCAGGCUGGUCAACAGUCCCUACACCAGGCUGGGGCUGUGCAGGUGGGGGGGAUGGAGUCAGGGUCAGGUCUGGGUCAGAUGACCUUCAGCCCUGAUCUGGCCUCUCUACAAACACAGACUGCUACUAUGAAGAUGCCUUUCAGUAUGGCUAAACCCAGCAAGGAAGCCAGGAUGUUGGAGCAGCUGAGGAAGCAGCAGGGUUCAGUCCUCCACCCAGACUACAGCUCUCCCUUCCAGUGCUUUGAAGACACCCUGAUCCGCCUGGUGCCUUACCACCUCUACCAGGGCACUGCCACCUCACCACACGACUACCACAGAGUGGAUGAUGAGUUUGACAGUGUUUCCAGCCAGCUCCUAAAGAGAACACAGGCCAUGCUGGAUAAAUACAGACACCUGCUUUUUGAGGAAUCAACUCGCCUUGGCCCGUCAGCUGAGAUGGUAAUGAUGGACAGGAUGUUUAUUCAGGAAGAGAAGAUCUCUCUGGGACAGGACCGCAUCCUCGCCAGGGACAGACCUGAGGAGUAUGUGGCCAACUCAAGGAUGAUGGAGAUUGAGAGUGUAGCUGCCAGCAUGGCCCAGCCCCAGUCGCAGCCGCAGCUCCAGCCCCAGCCGCAGCCCCAGCCCCAGCCCCAGCCCACCAUGAGGAGUGGUGUAGCCCCUACUCCAACUCCUACCCCAACACCUACUCAGGCCCCAACUCCUACACCCAUCGCACCGGCCCACUUCCCCUCCACCAAGCUGGUGAUAAAGCAGGGUGGAGCGGGGGCGUCUGUCUCCUGGUCCAGCUCCCCAGCUCCUGUGGCUAGGUCGGGUUCAGGGGUGAGACAGACAGCUGACACCCAGAGGCACCGCUCCUCCUUCAGCCGCUCUCCUCCACCUCCCUCCUGUCACUCACCCUAUCACCCUUCCUCCUCCUCUUGUCCAGCUGAGGAUGAUGAUGAUGCUCUCCCCCAGAGGAGCAGUAAACCCCCCAUGAAGACGUACGCCGCCCGCCCACGCAUCGGCUUGAAGCUCAAGAUCAAGCAGGAGGCGGGGUUUAACACAGCCCCAGACACACCCUACCACCCAGCCCCAACCAGCGCCGACACACCCUACCACCCUGCCAGAACCGGCGCCGACACACCCUACCACCCUGCCAGAACCGGCGCCGACACACCCUACCACCCUGCCAGAACCAGCGCCGACACACCCUACCACCCUGCCAGAACCAGCGCCGACACACCCUACCACCCUGCCAGAACCAGCGCCGACACACCCUACCACCCUGCCAGAACCGACACACCCUACCACACUGCCAGAACCAGCGCCGACACACCCUACCACCCUGCCAGAACCAGAGCCGACACAUCCUACCACCCUGCCAGAACCAGCGCCGACACACCCUACCAUCCUGCCAGAACCGGCGCCGACACACCCUACCACCCUGCCAGAACCCGCGCCGACACACCCUACCACCCUGCCAGAACCGACACACCCUACCACCCUGCCAGAACCAGCACUGACACACCCUACCACCCUGCCAGAACCAGCACCGACACACCCUACCACCCUGCCAGAACCAGAACCGACACACCCUACCACCCUGCCAGAACCAGAACCGACACACCCUACCACCCUGCCAGAACCAGCGCCGACACACCCUACCACCCUGCCAGAACCAGCGCCGACACACCCUACCACCCUGCCAGAACCGGCGCCGACACACCCUACCACCCUGCCAGAACCGGCGCCGACUCACCCAAAAGCCCAAGCAGCAGCAGCACUAGCCAUGCCUCCUUCUGUAACUGUCAUUAG